CAACAUCAAACUAACAACACAACCAAGUUAUACAGCAACAUCAUUUAAGACCUCAUCGAACAUGUCCACAUUACAAAAAUUCACCACUGACAACCAACAACAUCAUACAGGUUGUUAAAUAAACCGUUUCAAAAAUUGCAGCCAUCAUGGAUUUACAAACACAAACAUAAAGCUAGACACGAAACUGAAAGAGCUAAAUAUAUAGAAAUAAAAUUGUAUAUAUAAACUUCUCAUUCUAACAUAUGUUCUCUAAGGUAAUUGUUGCUUUUGUGUCAGCCAUCAUGGAUUUUAAAUGAAACGGUUUUAGCUAUAACUAUAGUUAUCUCUUGUACUCUUUCAUAUUCCCUAUAUAACACAUAAAACUCACCUCACUUUUAGAAGAAGAACAACAAUUGUUUGAUUUUCUUUUGUGUUUGUAUUCUAUCGGUUUGACAAGAAAAAAACAACACAGAAAUUUAGUUGCAAAAAACUAAUAAACGUGGAAAGAAGCAAAAUUGAUACAAGAAAAUAGAAUUAAAUUAAGAAAUUAUAGUUAAACUAAAAAACAAAACUAAAAUAAAUACAAAUAUUUUAAAUAAAAUAAACAUUAAUUUCCAACAACAAAUAUAAAAAGGCGCGCAGAAAAAUUAUAAGAAAAAACACAUUUGCCGGUGUGAGCGGAUAACGAGCCAGAAAAAAAUUUGUAAACAUAAAGCAAUUUCAAAACAAAUGUAUCACAAAUUAAACAAAAUAAUUAAAAAUUUUGUUUUUUAGCAUAAAAUUGAAAAAGGAAUCUUAAAAUUAAUAGAACAAUUACAAAAAUUUCUUGAUUAUUGUAAAUUGUUUUACGCUUUGCAUAUUGCUCUCUGGUUCAGCAAUGCUUUUCAAACUGCAUAGCUAUACUCACCACUUGUAUAUGUAAACUAGAAGCAGCAUUUGUUUAUCUUAAAAAAAAAAUAAACGAACACACCUCAACAGCUGUUUAAUAAAACUCGAAAGAAACUUUAUAAAUUAAUAAUAAAAGAAAAAAACUUUACUAAACACAUAAUGUCUGCAUCAGAAACAGCGUCUUUAACCGCCCCAAACAUGCAAACGUCUGAUAGACGUUGUGAAAAUCCCGACUGUAAUGUCAAUAAACUUAUUUCGAUGGUACCAAAACGUAAAACCACCCAAUUUAUAGCCGAUCCUAUGGUCAUAGAAAAACCCAUGUUGGUUAAUGGUUUUACCGCAGUCUUUCAAGUAGAUGGCAGUUCUGCUCGUCUUAUGGACAUUAAAAAUCCUAAUGGUGAUGGACAAACAAAAACUAUUUAUCGUAUUAUACCAAAUUCUCAUGUACAUGUCGUCAACUAUGUGGUAGUCGAUACUGAUGAAACUUAUCUCAAGAAAAUUACCGAAAAUGAUCCAGCUACUAUGCAAAAGUUGUUGACUUCACAAAAGGAAAGUGCUGAUCAAAUGUUAAAGAAAAUAAUGUCAGGACAGGGUUCCUCAGCUACUGCAGCCAUGACCACUGUAGUAUCAACCAUUAAUAAUGCCAGUAAUAUAGCACCAGCACCUUCUGUUGCUGCUAAUAUUACUAAUCCAGUAGUCCCUGCUCCAACAGCUGUUACAGCUCAAAAGAAUUCCAUCAAAUUACCCGUUAGAAUGCAUCCUAAUUUGAAAAUUACUGCGGUAACCAGUGGUGAGGCGGUUAAUACACCACCUACAAUGUCGGCAAAUGUUAGUUCAACUACCCAAUUAACAGCACCUUAUAUACAACCUGUGCCAUUAAAUAAUUUACAGGCUACGACCACAGCUCCUAUAGUUGCUGCACCGAUCGAUACGGUAGACAAAACUACUUAUGAUAAAAUGCAAGAGGAAAUCAAUGAUUUAAGACGUACCGUUGCUAUGUUGGCCGAAGCUCAAGCAAAAAAUCAGCAACCACCGGCUACUGCUAAAGUUGCCAAACGUCCCAGAAUAUCUUUACCUAAAUUAGUUUAGUUUUUUUUUUGGAUUAUAUUAUGACUUUAUUCUUAAACUUUUACUUUGUUUUUGAUUGAGUAUGUGUAAUUUUAUUCAAAAAUUUGUUUAAAUAAUAUUUUUUUUUGAAAAAGUACUUUAAUUAUUGUUUUGUUUUAGUAUUUGUCACAUAUGCAAAUUUUAAUUAGAAAUAAUGAGAUUUUUCUUGAAUUUAUACAAAGAAUGUUGAAAUAAUUUAUAGAAAAAAGUUUUACAUUAAUAUUUGCAAAUGUGGCAAGUAAAACAG